AGCUCUUUUAUAUAGUAACCCAAAGCCAAGCUUGUAGUUGCUGUUAAGAGUUCGGGGAACCAGCUAGUUUCGCCAUGUUUUGGAAGAUCGCUUUCCUCGUCUUUGGGGCAGUUUGCGCCGUGGGUUUUGCCAGUUUCGUCGGAGGCUUCACAGAUGGGGAUGUCAACGACGAGCAUGUGCAAAACGCCCUAAACUACGCCAUCGUCGAACACAACAAGGCCUCGAACGAUCUGUACCUCAGACAAAAGACCGAAGUGGUGAAGGUCCAACAGCAGGUAGUCAGUGGCAUGAAGUACAAAAUUACUGUGAGAAUGGCGAGAACCUCUUGCAGGAAGGGUGGCGCACAGGAACAAUGCGAAGUCUUCCAAGACCCAGAAAUGGCUAAGCCCUACGUGUGCACAUUCAGUGUGUGGAGCCGCCCAUGGAUGCAUUUCAUGCAGCUGGUAGACACAAACUGCUAGGAAACGAACCACGAAGGAAACCUUCAAUGUUUCAGAUUACUACCGCCACCAUUGUUGUUUCCUGUAAUUGAACCGCAAAAUACUUCUUUAUUCUGCUAACCAUAUUUUUUUUUUAGAUUUUAGAAUCGAUGUGAGAAUCCAUGCAGUAUUAUUUUUGAUCUUCAGAGUGAAACGAACUAACGACAAAUAGAUGUGCACUUUUUUUCCUAAUUAGCAUUUUAUGACCAAAAUGUGUUUCAUAAUAAAAUUAAAGCACCUUUAAACAAC